CACUUAAACUCGCUGGUUUACACAAGCAGAAAAUGGCCAUGCUUGAUGUGUGUUUUGAGCAGCUUCCUGUAGAAGACACUGGAGUAAAUCUCUAUGCAUCACACACAGCACAACUCCAGUGAAUAAGCCGAAGUGCUGAUUUCUUAAAACAGAGUAAAAAAAAAAAAAAGCUUGUUAUGACAACACCACUAAAUAUGUCAGUUACCGAUUGGCUCGAGCAAUAAAAACAACACACAUGCGUCUGGGUUUCAUACAGGAAGCUCUCCGGAAACGCCGUCCUUCCCCUUUUCUUCAGUCAGCUCUGUUUCUUAAUUGUGGCUAGUGUUUAUUAGAAAUAUACACCAGAAGCGUGUCGAAGCCAAAAUCUCAUGUGACCACCUUGGUAGGAGGCGUGGCGUUCGGAUUUCUAUAGAUUGAAGGCGCGGUUGUGAUUUAGAGUUGAUGCAGAUGAUGGAAACAUGAAGCUGUUUAUGUGCAAAUAGUGGUACUGAGACAAAUGACGUCUUUUGCGGUGAUGUUAAACUGGUGGCUGUAACUUUAUUUGUUAGCUACAUUAGCCUAAUUGCUCCAGUGCGAGACCCAAAGAAGCAAACUUGUACAUUUGAGGUGUAAGGGGAAAUUAUUUUCCAUUUUAUUUUCCUCGCUUGAGUCAGCUAAUGAGGAGCCAUGUUGAACGAGUUAUUGGGAAGACAUUGGAGGUCGAGACUAUUCUAGGAUAACUGAAUCGUCACCGUUUCACUCGUCCUGUGUCCUCACAGACUGAAUCCACCUCGAAAUGGAGCACCAGGACAUGAUGAAUUCCGGACAGUACGGCCCUGGGGAGGUCGUGGUGUCCGCCAUGGCUGACGUGACCCUCGACGACAGCCCUCGGGAGGACAUGAAGAACGGGACGGCGGCACACAUGAGGCCCGGACAUGGCCCGGGAAAAGAGGAGACAGCGGGGUCAAAGCCUGACUCGACCUCUCGAGACGAUGUGACGGAGGGUACAGAGCCUAAAGCUGCCUCCGAUCAUGAGGAUGUGGUGUCUGCUGCACCAGGGACAGCAGGAGCAGGUGAAGAUGCUUUAACACCAGAGGGGCUCUCUCCGCCACACAGCGGUAGAAGCAGUGCGGCGUCUAUGGACAGGGAAGAGGAGCGUUUGAACGGGGCCUUGGCUGGGUCAGUUAGCCCACAGCAGUCACCUAUGUCCCCACAAGCAUCACAAGCUGCCCCAGCUGACGGUUUAGAGUCGGCAGUGCUGAGCUUGGACAGCCAGGUGAAGACGAGUCCUUUAGAGGAGAUGGUUGGGAAACACGGUCCCAGUGGUUUUCAAGAUGAGAGAGAGGAAGAGGAAGUCGUGAAGCAUGGUAAGAAGGACGAGAGCAAGGGUUUCGGAUCGGAUCAUGAGGAAGAGUUGGUAGAGAGUCCUGCCAUCCCUGAUAGUCGUUCUAACAUAGAAGAUCAACAGGAGGAGCAAGAAAGAGAGGAAGAAGAAGAACAAGAUGAACCAGAAGUAGUUCCUCCAGUCCACAGCACUGUUGUCCCAGAUGUGUCACCACAGAAAGAUGAAAGCUUUGAUAUUAAGCCCUGCGAAAUGCUAUCCCAACUGCAAAUGACUCCAGAUGAAGCAAAGAAACGAGGACUGUCAUUUGACUACACCGAAUCCGAGCUUGUUCAUCAGAGAACCCCUGACCGCUGGGAAAAUGGCUCUGACAAGACUCCCCCAGAGAGCAAAAGUCCUGAUUCCUGCAGGGCUGACCCUGGUUCCCCUUUCUCCCCUAGUACGGCUCCUGAUCACACCCAGGAGUCACCCAUCACUGAACACCAAACUGAAGUCCAGGAGUACGAACCAGUGGAAGAACAGGACCUGGAAGUGAUCAGUAUUCCUACAGCUCAUCAGGAGGUCAUAGUACCCAAGAUGGAGCCAGAAGUAGACACCAAACCUGAGGAUUUCGAAGUAGACACCAAACCUGAGGAAGACGACAAACCAGAGAAGUACCUGGAUACAACUGAGGAAGCUCUCAUUGCUACUGUUGAGGCAGCACAAAGCGCUGAGCCCACUGCCCAACCAGAAGUAGCAGCUGUUGCUGAUGUUGAAGCAGAUGCUCGUGAACCCUGUCCUCCAGAACCAAUUAAAGCAGCACCAACAAAAACAGUACCUGUUAAAGAUGCUGCCGUUAAAAAAGCAAAGAAGCCCAUUGCUGCGGUCGAUGCAACCACUGCCCCCAAAUCCACCCCAAAACUCGAGAAAGUCCCCUCAAAAGACGCCUCGCCAGUGCGAAAAACAAGUGCCCCGUCCAAAGCCAAGCCCGGAGCAGCAGCAGCUGAUAAAAAGACCCCUUCCAAAUCCACACCAGGCAAAGCUAGACUCACCUCCAGCACUAAAAGAGCCUCGUCAAUCCCAGUGCCCCCAUCCAAACAUACCUCCACCUCCGCUUCGCCCUCUGCCCCAGUUUGUGCCUCAGCCAGAGCCAGUUCUCUAAUCUCUAAACCACACACUGUAGGAGCCAAGGAGUCCAGAGCCACAGCCGGGGAUGCUAAGACGAAGACUAAACCUCAGGGUAUUGGCACCAAAAUCCCUGCAGCCGAAUCUCCUAAAACUCCUGAUCGUAGCGGCUGCAGCAGCCCUGCCACUCCGAAAUCUCCAGCCAGUCGCUGCAGCACACCUGGGCAGCAGGUGAAGAAAGUGGCCGUGGUGCGCACUCCACCCAAAUCUCCCGGCUCUCUCAGAUCCCGCGCUCCCAUUGCCCCUGUUGCGCCCUUGCCUGACCUGAAGAACGUCAAAUCCAAGAUCGGUUCCACUGAGAACAUCAAACAUCAGCCUGGGGGUGGAAAGGUGCAAAUCCUGGAGAAGAAGAUGGAUCUGAGCAGCGUGCAGGCAAAGUGUGGCUCCAAAGCCAACAUCAAGUACACUCCAGGAGGUGGCAAUGUUCAAAUUGUGCACAAAAAGAUGGAUCUGAGCAACGUGCAGUCAAAGUGCGGCUCGAAGGCCAACAUCCACCAUAAACCAGGCGGCGGAAACGUGGAGAUCAAAUCAGAGAAGCUGGAGUUUAAAGCUCAGCCGAAAGUGGGCUCUCUGGAGAACAUUGGCCACGUGGCCGGAGGCGGGAACAGGAAGAGAGAGAAGGGGAAGGAAGCAGAGUCGGGGCCUUCAGGUGCCUCCGUCCACCCAAAUGGGGACACGCCCUCUGACCCCCUGUGUGGGGAAGUCAGUGCCCUAAACCCAAACCACUCCAAUUGAGUCUCACAAGCUGAUGUUCCGUGAGCAGGCGAAGGCCCGCACUGACCACGGCGCUGACAUUGUGGUUAAAUCCCCCUGCAUGUCUGCAGAGGGUUCACCCCGCCCCCUCAGCAAAGUCUCCUCCUCCGGCAGCAUCAACAUGAACGAAUCACCACAACUGUCCACGCUUGCAGACCAGGUGACCGCCUCACUGGCUAAACAGGGCCUGUGAUUCGACCUCCCACUGCGCCUCAACCACCUCCACACCAAGACAAAUGCAACGCUGUAACGUGGCAACUUAAAAAAAACAAAAAACAAACAAAAAAAAAGGUUUUAAAAAAAAAUCAUAAAUAACAAGCAUUUCACCUCAGUCUGUUAAAAAGAAAAAGAAAAAAGAAAAAAAAAGGUGCUUGCUGGAUUUCUUCAUAAAUUUUGGUUUUUGACUGCAAGGGACUGAUCAUUAAUAAUGUUAUUGUACUGUCCUGUCUGAUUAAUUGAACUCAUGCGGUGCUGUAUUGAUCCGUUCGGUCAGUCACAGCACGUAGAAGCCCAUCUACAAUGCUAGAACGUCCUCUUUAUACCGUAAGCCGACUUUUCCAUCUCUCUCUCUCUCUCUCUCUCCUCUCUCUCUCUGCUUAAUUGCCUUAUUGUGAAAGCCUGCCCCAUCAUUACCCUUUAUUAAUUCAUUUCACCUUGACUAGUAGAAAUUUGUACAAUUUUUUUUUUUAAUUAUUAAUUGAUACUACCUGAAAUUGGACUGUGAGGGAGAAAACAAGCCAAAAACAAAACAAAGCAAAACGAGCUACCAGGAAGCGUCGAGACUGUAUCUAACGCCGACUUUGAGAAUGACUAAGCGUUUUGUUGGCAUCCUGACAAUUAUCCACAUGUUCACUGCGGAAUUCAUGCACAUUAUCAUACUGUCCGACUAUAAAAUAUACAAACCAGGCUACAGACACACACCAGGCUCUGUGUUUUUAUAUAGCAGAAGCUUUGCAAUCAUACGGGAACAUCGUUCGGGAUUAAAUUAGUCACGAUGACAUACUAACGUCAUUAGUGCGUAAACUAAGCUAGCAAAAAAGUAACAAUGUGUGAGAUUUGCAUUCGUGCACAAUGGAUGCUGUGAUUAUUAUUACUAGGGCUGCGUGAUAUAGAUAGAUUAAAAACGUCAUUUCGUGAUUAUGAUGAUUAUGAUACAACCUUGCGAUAUAUUAAACCGAUGAACCGGCGAUUUGCUCACAGAUCCCAGUAAAUAAAUAAAUAAGUCAAAAUACAACGUCGUGGAUCUUUUCCAUGUUGCGGGCGGAUAUGGUGAUAGCAGACCUGCCAGCCGUGUCGUAGUUUUGCGUAGGAGUGCCGUAUUUACGUUCGGAGUACGAGCUGUCACUCAAAUAAUAUACGCAGGAAACAAAUCGACACGUGAAUCAGGAACGACCGACGGUUUUGAACUCGCUGAUAUCCCCGCCCCCUUCCCCCGUGUCAGGUGUGUCCUGUUUUGAUCGGUCCUCUCGACUCGAUUCGGAGCCGGUGAAAAUAUCUUCAAUAAAGACAAACGGAUGGAAUAUUCCCUGUUAUGAGAUUAUUUAUAAAUAGAAAUAUAAGAUUAUCCAGCCAUUAUUAGGAGAAAUAUCUGCCAAUAGAACAAGCUUGAAAUGUCUGAUAAUAAUCGUGUUCGAUAUACUGACCUUAUAAUCGGAAAGACGAGUUAGAUUCCGCUAUAUUCGAGAUAUCUUCACUUGUUUGCGUCGCAUGUUCGCGGUGUAAAGUCGCGCCGAACGACUUCCACCAAACGUGGGUUAAAAAUGAACCACAGGAACAGGGAAAAAAAAAAUAAAAAAAAUGGAUGGACGUUUUUACUGGGGGAAAUAAAUAAAUAAGUAAAAGGUUAACGUUAAAGUGUUCAAUCUGACGUUUUAGAAGUGAUUUUCUUGGUGACGGGGAACAGUUUCAGGAGUUCAGCGGCGAAAACGUCGUCCCGGUUUCGUUCGGACUAAAGGAUUUGUAAAAUGGAGGACUACACGCUGUUCUUCAGGGUUGGCAGGUCUGCGAUCGCGAUUAAACAGCAUGCAGCCCUGCUUCUUCCUCUACAGAAUACUCGAACAGAUAAACGUUCCAUGCGAUCUCCGUACCGCUUACAACCUGAUUACAGUUCAGUGCAGAGAAAGAUUACCCAGUGUGAGUAGUUACCGGUCUUCAGACUCGUGCAUUUUGCUGUACUGUAAUGUAAAAACUUAUUACACACACACAAACACACACACACACACACACACACACAGCUUUAUACUUCACAUGUUCAGUGUACAGUUCAGCCAACCAGGAAUCCAUUAAGAUGAAUUAAAAACAAAUAAGAACUCAUUUUCAUCGUUUUAGGAGGACUACACGCUGAGUAACGUCCACGUGAUAGACAUUAGUGCUCGCCUGUUUGCUGCCGAUGAGCUGCGCUAAUGGAUACGUUAUUCCCCUGCGAGGGAAUUAGACAAAUAAUACCCGAGUAGAUCACAGGGGUUAAGAUCACUCGUUAGGGAAAUCAUCGACCGAAUACGAAACGUAAACAAAGGUUUCUUCUUCAAUCUUUCCUCCUUCAUUUUUAAGUAACGGAACCUCCAUCCGCUUCGAAAUCAGAAUCACCACACGCCACUUUCGGCUUUGCGGAGUUGUUUAGUAUCUCGUACUCGUUCAUUUUUGUGGCGUUUUUUUCCUACUCCCCUCCUGCUAAUUCCCACGCAGGAAGCAGGAAGCUCUCCGCUGUCUCAUGACAGCCACCAGUUUGGAGAGUGAAGGUUAUCGAUCAGGCGCUUUCUCCAAGAGACAGUCAGCUAAACGCGUCUUUCCGAACCGAUGCUCGUGCAGCGCCACAGCGCGGCGUAACACACUCGGAGCAAAGCGCUGACUGCCCUCUUCCGCAUACCUGAGCGCACCGGUGUGGGUGAUUGGUUACUGUCACUGUGAUUGACAGGGAAGUGUUAAUGCGCCUAUCAAGCAAAGAGCGUGGCUGAUAUUACUCUCCUGGUCUCCCAGCCACGGAUGCGUUUCUGACACUUAAAAGGAAACGAAACCCGAGUUUCUUCCUCAGCAUGGUUCUAGCUGCUUCACCUCAGCGUCAGGUAGGAGGUGUGGCCUUCUGAUCGUUUAGCUCCUGUCUGACAUGUAGAUGCGUUCUGCGAUUAUAACCCGUACAAAUAAUAUUCCUGCGCCAAACCACGUGGGGAUUAAUUCGACUGGCCGGAAGAUUCCCCUUUGUAGCUCCAGUAGAUGUCUCCAGACACCAAACAUGUCCUAGCUGAUCGUUUACAUUCGGAAUGAAGAGGAAACCUUGUGCACACGUCGCGUUUUGUCCGAUUUUAUUUGUUAGAAAGCAGCUGUGCGGAAAUCCAAAGGUGGAGUAGAAGUCAUUACAGUAUGUACAGAACUGAGUGCGUUUACAGGAGGGUCGGUAUGAGCGGAUUGUGAAUAAGAGUCCUGGGAUGAGCUUCAGGACGGUCUUUAUGAUUACAGCAGCGGAUGCAAAUACUCCUUUAAAGUAAAAAUAAAUAAAAUUAUACUGGGGGGUAGAUGUUAUGCUGUUGAACAGCUUUACUCUUUAAACUGAUAUAUUUAUGACAACGCAUCGCUCCGUCUCAUUAACCGUCUUCGCGUCUAGUCCGGCUCCGACGUGUGUGUGUGUGUGUGUGUGUGUGUGAAUAUAAAACCGGUCCAGUUUCACCAUAUUUGAUCAUGUUCUAGAUUGAUAUUUCAAGUCGUAAUAAAUAAUCAGUAGUGAUAAAGGUAGUGAUACACGGAGUAAAUGUGAGUGACAGUUUAAAAAAAAAGAAAAAAAAAAAGAAGUGCCUCCCCUUUCCUCGCUCACUAAAAGUCUCUGAUAAAUUAGUGAACGCUGAGGAUUUGAUUCGGGAAAAGAAAACGCAACAGAAAACAUGCGGAGCUGCUAUAAACCUGUUCUGAUAAGAUGCCUUGAUUAAAGACAGAUCUGGUUUAAACCGUCCGGAUUUAUCUGCAUCAACUCAUCACCUACAGUUUAACUAGAGCUUACACACGGAGAUGAACUCCUCCUACACACGGGAAACCAACCUGGGAACAAAAGAACAACAAAAUCAUGCAAAAAAAUAAAUAAAUAAAUCCAAACUAAGCAUUUGUUAAUAGUGUUCUUGUAGAUGUGAGACGUGUUAGAAAAGAAUGCAUCGUUCCUGUUUUUCCUGAUAUUUAUUACCUUUUUUAUAUCUUCAAUGCACCUCAGCUUUAUUCCUUUUUGAUAUUAAAAUAAUAAAUAAUAAUAAUAAUAAUAAUAUGGAUGUGAAUGAGUAUCUACGUUACCGUGAGACGCUUCUUUCCCUCUGAGGAGUCGUGUUUAAAGUGACCACACGGGCAAAAGAAAGGUGAUACAUUCGGGUGAAUAUCCAAUAAACUCCGGUCAGACAGGAUGUGUUCGGUGUAUUCAGUUUGCUUCGUGUUUUGAGGUGAGUGAUAGACCGGUGUCGACACACACACAAAACCUAAGAAGCAAACCUGAGACACUGAACAUGUCGUAAAGUGCACCUAUUACGGUUUUUCAAAUAUUCCCGUUCAUGUAGUGUGUUAUAUACGGAGCUGUUCGUGAAUGUAAAAACAUCUGCAAAGUUUAAAAAAUCAAAGCGCACGACGAACGGAGUUAUCGACUCCCAAAAGAAGGAAUCGAUUCUGAACGGCUGAAUCGACUCGUUAGUGAUUCCAGACUUUACUUCCUGUACUAACCUACGUAGGUGUGUAACAAAAAGCCCCGCCUCUGGUCUUCAUCGGCUGCUCGCUGACAGCGGUAGACCAAUCACGACAGACCGGGACGUCCGACCAAUCAGAGCAGAGUAUGCUCUCUGAAAGGAGGAGUUUAGAAUGAAUCACUUAGAACGGAUCAUUUAACGAGUCAUUUGUGACACUGGGGGGGAAAAGGUAACGCUGCAGUUUAAAUUAUGAGCACGUUAAAGUAUUUUUUGACCUCGGAUGCACGUAAAUCUAUCGUAUGAGAGUUUAAAACAAAAUUAGGCACGUUUCAGAACCAUAAUAGGUGCGCUUUAAGAUCUCAGCGUACUUAAACCUCGGCGGUUUCUUAUUGGUCGUCGUGUACGAGAGCGCCAAUCCUGCAGGCGGCGCUGUUAAAAUACGAUAAUUAAAAUUUCCAUGACAACAGGAACAUUGCUACGUCGCAUAGUCAUCCAUCUUGGAAUGAACUGAACCGGUUUGGGCGUUUGCCCGUUUGCGCCGCAGUCACGUCGUAUUGUUCAUAAGCCGCACGGUGUACGCCGAAGCCUUCAGCUGAUCGAGCUGUUCCUCUAACUGUUCAGACACAAUCUCAUGUUUAUAAAUGAGAACAAAAAGAGAUGAUAGAGGGUUGGGGGGAAACAUAUAUACACCGUCUAAAGCUUUCCCCAGGAUUGAUGAUGCCCGUGAGUCCUCAGAACACGGGAGGAAACUGUGGUCCUUUUCCGUAUGUGAAAAAAGCAUGUGUACAAGUUGUGUAAAGCAAGCUGAUUGAUUUGAUCGUGUGAACGCGACAGGGAAAGCUGUCUCUCUCUCUCUCUCUCUCUCCCUCUCUCUCUCUCACCCAGAACCUGCGCUGCAGUUUUCCAGUCCACUCUGAGUUUAACGGUUGUGAUUGUCCUCACUGUAGUUGUGUGUUUUAUCAGUUAAUUUACACUCAUUCUCGCUGCUGUGAACCUGGAUUUGGAAAUAAAGUCGGUAUUAAACCCCCUC